CUCAAAAAAACUAGAAAAUGGCACGAUCAAUGAGAACGUAAAUAAAGCGUUUAUGCCUGGGGAAUCCUUGACAGGAAGUUGUAAUGAGGACUUUGUUGCAGUGUCUGGAAAAGUUACCAUAACCUGCAACUCUGCGUAUCGGACUGUUGCUUCCGAUGCAUGCCGUCAAGUCCUUAAAACCAUUGCAGUUGACAAGCCGACAGAACAAUCAUCUACUUUUCAAUGGUAUAAUUCUAGCCUUGCAGUGGAUGGAAAUAGAGACACGGACAUUGACGCUAACUCGUGUAGCCAUACAAAUGACGAUGAUGACCAACCUUGGUGGAGAGUUGACCUUCUGAACUUUUAUUAUAUCAUAAAUGUUAGAAUGGUCAACCGGGGAGAGGAUAGAUACGAAAUUGAUACGUCUUAUCGCCUUCGUAACGUUACCAUUACAACCGGAGAAACCUUGUCGAAUAUUUCCACACUCUGUGGGUUCUAUGCUGGCCCUGGUUCCCUUGGUGAGCUAGUCACCAUUAACUGCCCGCCCUCCACCACUGGGCGCUACGUCAAAAUCUCUUUGGUCACUGCUGUGCUGACUCUUUGUGAGGUGGACGUCUUUGUUGUUCCAAUUUAAAAGAGAAGACACGAUGAACGUUUUGAAUUACACAAUAUAAGUUUAAAUUUUAUUCCUCUUGUAUUUAGUAUUCUGAUGUUUAGUAAAUGUGUAGUCUCAUGAAUUAAGUCAUGGCUAUGUU